UCGUGGUGAAGCGACGCUACAUCGCUCACAACUCAAUUCCCUGGCCGCAGCAGUAUCGACCAUGACCGACGCCGCCGCCCCCCGUCCUGGAAGCGCCUCGCCGAGCAAGAUCGCGCAGAAGAUCGAGAACGCCCAGAACCUGGACGCCGGACUGCUGGGGUACCCUCAGUUCACUCCCGCGCACCGCUCGCUAAUGUCCAAGCACUUGACGCGCGACUUGUACGAGAAGCUCAAGGGUCUCAAGACGUCGACAGGGUACACGCUCGAACGUGCGAUCCAGACGGGUGUGGACAACCCCCAUCUUGGGGUGGGUGUGACCGCCGGCGACGAAGAAUCGUACGUUAUCUUCAAGGACCUGUUCGACCCGGUGAUCGAAGGCUGGCACGGGUACAAGAAGGACGCCGUGCACAAGCGGGACUUGGACCCGACGCACUUGACCGACGCCAAGCUGCCCGACGACUUUAUCAUCUCGACACGUAUCCGCGCGGGUCGCAACAUCCGCGGCCUUCCGCUGCCGCCCGCCACGUCGCGCGCGCACCGCAAGGACGUGAUGAACCUGCUGGACACGGCGUUGACCGCCAUGGACGGCGACCUCAAGGGCAAGUUCUACAAGCUCACAGACAUGACCCCCGACGUGGAGCAGAAGCUCAUCGACGACCACUUUUUGUUCCAAAAGCCCGGCGGCGGCACGUUGUUGUCGGCGGCGGGCGCCGCGCGCGACUGGCCGUCCGCCCGCGGCAUCUUCCACAACGACGACAAGACGUUCCUCGUGUGGUGCAACGAAGAAGACCACAUGCGCGUCAUCUCAAUGCAGAACGGCGGCGACAUUGGGGCUGUGUUUGAGCGGUUUACGCGCGCCGUCAAGAGCGUCGAGGACAGCAUCAAGGCCAAAGGGCGCGAGUUCAUGUACGACGAUCACUUGGGGUUUAUCGGCACGUGUCCGUCCAACCUGGGCACGGGCCUUCGCGCCAGCGUCAUGAUCAAGUUACCCAAGCUGAGCGAAGACCUGGACCGGUUCGAAUCCAUUUGCAAGCUGCUCAACUUGCAGCCCCGCGGGUCCAAUGGCGAGCACAGCGCGAGUAUCGGCGGUGUAUAUGACGUAUCGAAUAAGCAGCGCAUUGGGUUCUCCGAAGCCGAGCUGGUGCAGACCAUGAUCAACGGCAUCCGGUUGCUCAUUAAGCUUGAGCAAACGCUUGUGGCCGGCGACAGCAUCGAUGCGUUGAUCCCGAAGGAGCGCGUCCCGAACCCGGUGAUCGAAGCGCCGCCCACCACCGCCGCCCAGAAGGCUGCCAUCGACGUGAAACCAUCGACCGAGUCGAAUUAUCCGUACUUUACACCCAAACACAAGUCGCUCAUGGCGAAACACUUGACGGUGGAGCUGUACGACAAGCUCAAGGACGUCAAGACGGCCAAGGGGUACACUCUGGACGAUGCGAUUCAAACGGGACUGGACAACCCCCAUCUAGGCGUCGGCGUCGUAGCCGGCGACGAAGAGAGCUACACAGCGUUCAAAGAUUUGUAUGAUCCUGUGAUUGAAGGCUGGCACGGGUUCAAGGCAGAUGCCAAGCACGUUACGGAUAUGGACGUGUCCAAGUUGGUUCGGUCGGAUAAGCUAGACAUGAGCUACAUUGGGUCGACGCGGGUGCGCGCCGGACGUAAUAUCCGCGGACUCGCGUUCCCGCCGGGUACAACCCGCGCCGAGCGGCUGCAGGUCGAGAACUUGAUUAGCACGGCGCUGACGGCGUUGACGGAAGACCUGGGCGGCAAGUACUUUCCGUUGGGUGCGAUGACCAAAGCCGAGGAAGAUCAGCUUCAGAAAGAUCACUUUUUGUUUCAAAAGCCAGGCGGGGGGACGCUGCUGACGGGCGCCGGCGCCGCGCGCGACUGGCCGAGCGGACGCGGUAUCUACCACAACACGGAAAAGUCGUUCCUGGUGUGGGUUAACGAAGAAGACCACAUGCGCGUCAUCUCGAUGCAGGAUGGAGGGGACAUUGUGUCGGUGUUUGCGCGGUGGGUCAAGGGUGUACAAGCGGUGGAAGCCAGCAUCAAGAAGAACGGAUUCACGUUCAUGCAUAACGACCAUCAUGGGUUCCUCGGCACGUGUCCGUCCAAUUUAGGCACGGGGCUGCGCGCGAGUAUGUUUGUGCGACUGCUCAAGCUGGGCGAAGACGUGCACAAGCUAGAAACGAUCUGCAGCUCGCUCGGGUUGCAGCCUCGCGGGUCCGCGGGUGAGCAUUCCGCGGCGGUGGGCGGGAUGUUUGACGUGUCCAACAAGGCGCGCAUUGGAAAGAGCGAAGUCGAGCUCGUGCAGACCAUGAUCGACGGCGUCGGCAAACUCAUCGAGCUGGAGAAGGAAAUGGAGGCAGGCAAGACCAUCGACCAAGUCCUAGCAGAUCUCAAGCUAGCGUAAGGCCAAGACGAGGGGGCGAGGUGUUGUGUAGAGAGCGACGCCGCCGCCGUCGGUCACGAUGCCGCUGGACAGAGGCUUCUGGCAUAUAUACAUGUGUACAAUAGAGAGAUCUCAAUUUAUCGAAACCAUCAAUUCCCA